AUGGCAUCGCUCAACUUACCAAACGAGCUACUGGUGGCCAUUGCAGAAAACCUGCAGUCGAUGAAAGAAAUAAACGCCUUUGCCAGAACUAAUCGACAUUGUCAUACCCAUUUGAACCGACACCUCUACCGCUCUUCUAUAUCGAGAACAGAUAAUUACGGACUUCAUUGGGCAACAGAACGGGGUCUUUCAAGGACCGUUGAAAUUUUCAUCGAGGUGGGCGCCAUUGAUGGGCCUGAUGCCGCGAGGACCAUAGAGGUGCCCCUUAAUAUCGCAGCUUUCCGUGGACAUGUCAAGAUUGUCACGCUUCUGAUCGAAUACGGAGAAAAGGCGUGCGGCGACAUGAAUCUGAAUGUAUAUUGCCAAAAUGCCCUCAGUGAAGCAAUCAAAGGUGAUCAAAUUGCGGUAGUGGAUGUCCUCCUCCGCAAGGAUCGAGCAAACCCAGAAAUUCCUUUCGCGGAUGGGCAAAACGCAAUUCAUCUUGCAGCUCGGUGUGAUAAUGGGCCAAUGAUCAGAUUACUCCAUGAUCGGGGUGUCGAUCUAUACUCUCUGUAUCAAUGCAACACUUCCGCAUUACAGAUUGCAGCUAUAGAAGGCAAUUUGAUCGCCGUGGACGUGCUUCUGGAGUGUGGUUUCAAUCCUAAUUUCAUUGACGGUAACGGUGAUGCGCCUAUUCAUGGAUUAGGCAAGGCUUCCCGGGGAGCAUUGUCUAACGAGAAUGGCAUUUUCAGUCGCCUGGGCUAUGAGAAAACGCUGACCAGGACUCUACUGGACUAUGGUGCGGAUCCUUAUUUGAAAAAUCGGUAUGGGUUCAUGCCAUUGUGGAUAGCCUCAUACUUGGGACUGGGUCGCGAGGUGCAGACGUUGUUGGACUACGGCGUGAAUCCCGAUGGUUUGGAUCGGAAUGUUAAUGCACAAAAACCUAUUUCACUUCAAGAGUUUGUACGGAUGGAAAAGGAAAGUCUUUCAGGGUUCGGCCAUGGUGGCUCUGAAGACCAUCUGGACCAUAGCCUUCAAGUUGGCACCACACCGCUAUGCAUUGCGGCAUGUAUGGGACGCUUUGAUCCCGUCCUGUUGUUGCUAAAAAAUGGAGCAAAUCCAAAUGUGAGAAAUCCAAACGGCGACACGCCGCUACAUCUGGCUGUCUUGAACAAAAAAGCAGGAUUGGUCUCUCUCCUCAUCGAAAAGGGCGCAUAUAUUGAUGCCAAGAACGGUUCUGACCAAAGUCCUCUUCGGCUGGCUUUGGAGUCUGGUGAUAUUAGAGUGAUGGAGGUUCUCUUCGAGGCAGGUGCCAGUAUAAACUGCAUCGAGUCGACAAAUCUUAAUCCAAUAUUCCGAGCCUUGGAUUAUGGACACUCUGAUUUCGGACGGACUGCACUACUACCACCAGGCAUCGUCGAUACAGGAAAUGAUAGCACUUUUGUUUAUCAAAACAGCUGGCCACACCGUAUGCCUUACUGGAGAGAUCCUGAUGCCGAAGAAGAGGGGUGUGAGCGUGUUGUCGAGUGGUUUCUCAAAAGAGGAACAGACGUCAAUACGCAAGACCCUCUUGGUCGCACCAUGCUACAUCAAGCAACAUUUCAAAACUGCACAGAGUCAGUCAAGCUCCUCCUCAAAAGAGGGGCCAACCCCAUGGCAAAAGAUUCAUUCGGUCAAAUUCCCCUUCACAUGGCAUGCAGUUUUGAAUGGUAUAACAGCAAACAGGAUAUUUUCAAGAUCCUUCUUGAAGCUGGCAGCGAUCCCAAUACUAAGGACGAAAAUGGCGAUACUCCUCUGCAUAUGGCUGCACGGAGUUCAUUUUCAGUUGGACUUCGUAUCCUCAGACGGGAUGACCGGGCGGACUUUAUGGCGAAAAAUAACCGUGGCAAUCUCCCCCUACAUGAAGGGAUUGGUAUGGUAAUUACUUGUGACGACAGCCUGGUGGAGCUACGAAGAGCCUACACUGACUGCAACUUGGUGAACAGUGAUGGUAAAACCAUCUGGGAUUUGAUUUGGCAAGAUCUAGACUUCGACGACACGGUGUAUUUCACCGAUGCUUUCUCUCGUGUGCUGCUUGAAGAUGAAGAGUCCGAGAGCGAGUCUGGAUCUUGA